ACAGGAACUGCUAAGGUAGCUGCUGGCCAGGAAAAUCAUCUUCUCUUUGAGGUACAACCUAGGUCUGAUUCCUCUACAUUUUGGAAAGUGGUUGUACGGGUGGUCUGUACCAAGAUUAACAAAAGCAGUGGUAUUGUGGAAGCAUCACGGAUCAUGAAUUUAUACCAGUUUAUUCAGCUUUAUAAAGACAUCACAAGUCAAGCUGCUGGAGUGUUGGCUCAGAGCUCCACCUCUGAAGAGCCUGAUGGGAACCUGUCCCCUGUAACCUCGUGUCAGGCUAGUCUGUGGAUGGGCAGGGUGAAGCAGCUGACUGAUGAGGAGGAGUGUUGUAUCUGCAUGGACGGCCGGGCUGACCUCAUCCUGCCCUGUGCUCACAGCUUCUGUCAGAAGUGUAUUGAUAAAUGGAGUGAUCGACACAGGAACUGCCCCAUUUGUUGCCUACAGAAGACUGGAACAAACGAAUCGUGGGUGGUAUCAGAUGCUCCCACUGAAGAUGACAUGGCUAACUAUAUUCUUAAUAUGGCUGAUGAGGCAGGCCAGCCCCACAGGCCCUGAGUGGGAAGACUCUUGUUCUUGUGAGCUCCAAAUACACUGUGGUCAUAGAGGAGGAGUGGAGGGGUGCAUUGCACACAGGAAGAUCAGUUUUCCCACCCUCUUAUUUUUGCUAUUCUGAUGAUAUGUCCCAUUCUGAAGUAAACUCCCAUGUCUUCCAUGUA